AUGAAUCAUAUUAAAAGGCUAAUUGAAAAGUAUCCGAAACAAGAUCCAACAACAAAUUAUAUUCUUGAUCAGGAUCAUACUUUUGAAUCAUGGACAAAUGUAUUUUCAUUAUUUAAACAAGAAUUUUCUAAUUUCAACAAACCUUUAUUAAAUCAUUUAUUAGAAAAAUUAGCAAUUCAAGUUGAAGAUCCUGAUUCACCUGGUGAAUUUAAAUUUAACAAGUAUAUUCCAGAAAGUUUACAAAAAUCAUUAGAUUUAUACUUGUUUGGAAAGAUUUAUGUUGAAGAAAAUACUUUGGAAGGUUCUAAUUCUGAUAUUUUCAUUACAAAAUUAAAUAAUGUAUUGAAUAAUAUUCAAAAUUCUAUUAAUGAAAAUACCAUCAUGAAUACUAAUUCAAAUGAAUAUGAUAAUAUUAAUGAUAUUAAUAAUAUUAAUGAUAAUAAUUAUGAUAAUGAUAAUUUUGAAAUGAAUGAAUUAAAGAGAGGAAUUCAAGAAACCAAUUCAACUAAACCAAAGAAUAAUUGUGAUAAGAGAUCUAUAUUUGUUCAAUAUGAAACACCUUAUUAUACUUGUAAUGGAACAAUUGUUAGUUUUAAUCAAUAUGAAAAGUAUAUUAAUGAUGUUAACUCAACAAUGGAAUGUUAUACCAAUACUACAAUACACUAUGCAUGUAUUUGUCCAUUAGAAAAAACAGGUGAUUAUUGUAAAAAUGUUAGAAAAUUUGAUUGUAAAAGUACAAUGUUAACACCAAUUCCACAAUGUCAAAAACCACCAAUUCAUUAUGGUGGAAUUAGUUUAGAUGGUGAUUUUCCAUGUCAUGUUAUGGAUAAAAGUUCAGAAGCAGUUCCAUUUUCAUUUCUAUUAAAUUGUAGUUUUGCAGAAGAUCCAGAUUGGAAAACUAUUAAUUCAAAUUUAACAAAUAAUUCAACAGUUACAAUUGUUUCAAAUGGACAAAAAACAACAGUUGGUUCCAUAAGAAACAAAUUUACCUAUUUCUUUAAGAGUAGUCAAGAUGAAAAUCCACAAUUUGCACUCUAUCAACCAAUUUCACAAAAUUUUACUCUAAAAUUUUAUAAUUUCAAUAGAUUGGGAGAUCAGAGAGGUAGAUUUAAUGUUCCACUUAAAGAAGGUGAAUUAUAUGUUGGUAAAAAAGUAAUUCAAGUCACAACAUUUAUUCCAUCAAGUUUACCAAAUGAUUUUUUUGCAGGUGAACGUUUAUAUGGAGAAAUUGGUUUUAUUUUAGGUGAAGUGAGUGGUUUAAAUUCAAUGAAUAAUAUUAGACUUUUCUUGGAUUUUAAAGAUCGUCAACCACCUGAAUAUACUGAUUAUACUAAUUUAAUUAUUGGACUUGUUGUACCUUUUGGUUCAAUCAUUUUAUUAACCAUAUUAGGAAUUAUUAUUGGUUAUUGUUAUUAUAAAAAAAUUAAGGAUAGAAAUUUUCUUAAAGCUGAUUAA